CUCGCUCGCCAGUUACUCAGGACUUGCACUACUCUUUCUUAGCUGGAGUUUUUGGACGCGUAGACAAAAUGCAGCUCCUCUCAGCCCUCCUCCUCCUCCUCACUCCUCUCUCCUUGGCUCUCCCCACCUCCAUCUCCUUCCUCGAUAACCCACUCGAGGCGAGACAAUGUUACACUACGUGUGGGUCAAACUGCUACACGCAAGCUAAAGUCACUGCAGCGAAAAACGCAGGCUACAGCUACGUUAAGCAAGGCGGCACUGCAGGAGGCUCGACCUACCCCCAUGCAUAUAAUAACUACGAGGGAUUCGAUUUUCCUGUCUCGGGUCCUUAUUAUGAGUUUCCGCUGCUGUCAAGCGGGCAGACGUAUACUGGCGGGUCGCCUGGCGCUGAUCGGGUUAUCUUUAACUCUGGAGGCUCUCUGGCUGGCGAGAUUACGCAUACGGGUGCAAGCGGGAAUAACUUUGUUGGUUGUUCUGGAACUAGUUGA